AUGACAACACUACACAUGUGCUUGAUGUACUACUAUCAAACAACUCGCUUUCAUUGCGAGACGCCGUGGACAUUCACGUCGGAUGGUUGAUCGUUUAUCUUAGUUGUAGCCUCUGGACGAGCGUCGGUGCGGUUUCAGCUUUAUAACAGACUGAUUGACUGAAGUGUGUGAUCUGAAACGGAGAAACAGCGCGCGAGCGAGCAAACACUCCGACGUGAGCGAGGACUAAACUUCUCAGCGAGAGGGAGAAAGAGAAGAUGUGCUUAUAAAAACACUCGUCCUUCUUAACAGGUAAUUGAUUAUAAUUGGCCGUUAGCUCCUGCGAGCUGAUUGGCUCCUGCAGUGAUGGAUCUGAAGGACAGACGGCAGCGCUCUUUGACACGGGGACAGUGCGGAAAGGAUAUUCACUAUGCUACUUCCUCCAUGGAUGGUGAGAACUGCCAUAUAGUGUCACAGAGAUCCUACAGCUCCAGCAAGACGCUAAAGGCCUACCAGCAGGACGGACGUCUGCGCUAUGGAGGAUGUGUCGCAGAGCUCGUACACCAGGAGAAAGAGCAAUACGUCAGACAAGGGAGCUUUGCAUUGGCUGAUCUGGGCAUGUGUGAAUCCACCUCGUCAUCGGCUGUGUAUUGUUCCGAUAUAAGUCUGCUCCAGGAUGCAUACGCUCUGAACACCGGGUCCGACGCGGACUCUGACCCCGAGGCGGUCAUGACCCCAGAGCGUGCCGUUCAGAUGUGGAGCGGACAGCCCUUGAAGUCCCGCCGCAGCUCCUGCCUGUCCAGCCCCGACCACUCGGUUCUCACCCUCACCGAUUCUGAGAACGAGCACAAGUCGGAUGACGAAUCAGGUCGCCCCCUCCCUCCCACACCUUCAUCCAGCCUGCUCCCCCCAGCCCCUCCUCCCCCCUCCGCCCCCUUGCACCAGACCGCCACCUCCAUCAGGGAGUGUCAGAUGCCCCUUUUGGACAGCGGCUCGUCCCAUGCCAUACUGGACCCCCCUCCCGAUGACGAGUUCUCUCCCAACUCCUACCUGCUCCGUGCACAGCCACCCACCACCGGUGCAUCCAGUCAUCACAGUCAUGCCUCGCUUCGACCUCCUCUGCCCCCACCACACAACCACCACCACCAGUCGUUGGCUAAUUCCCUCAACCGCAGCACCCAGGCCAGCCGCAGGAACCCCCAAAGCCACGCACCCGCUGCGGCCCCCGCGGAUGGACCCUCCACUCCUGAAUCCGUUCAGCUCCAGGACAGUUGGGCUCUUAACAGCAGUGUCCCGCUGGAGACACGGCACUUUCUCUUUAAGACACCGUCUGGGAGCACUCCUCUAUUUAGCAGCUCAUCGCCAGGUUAUCCCCUGACCAGCGGUACCGUCUACUCUCCCCCGCCCCGGCUUCUACCCAGAAACACCUUCUCCAGGAGCUCCUUCAAGCUGAAGAAACCCUCCAAGUACUGCAGCUGGAAAUGCGCCGCCGUAUCUGCUAUCGCAGCCGCUGUGCUGCUAGCCAUCCUGCUCUCUUAUGUCAUAGCUCUUAAUCUGCUUGGCUUAAAUUGGCGGCUGAAACCCGCUGAAGGGCAUCUAGUGAGCACUGGCCUCAGCAUGAGUAUACCUGGCAUCGGUGACGGGGCAACAGCACCCUCCGGAGGCAGAGGGCCGUGGGUGUUGAAGAACAGCAGUAUAAACAGCGGGGAGCUGAUGCUGGGUCAACGGAUCAGUCAGGAUGUUCCUCCGGGCGUCUUCUGGAGGUCUUUACUUCACCUGCGCCAGCCACACUAUCUCAAGUUCAACAUCUCCCUGGGCAAGGACGCGCUGUUUGGGGUCUACAUGCGGAAAGGCCUGCCUCCUUCACACGCUCAGUACGACUACAUGGAGAGGCUUGAUGGAAAGGAGAAGUGGAGCGUGAUAGAGUCUCCUCGCGAGCGCCGCAGUAUUCAGACCGUCGUGCAGAAUGAGGCAAUUUUUGUGCAGUAUUUGGACCCCGGCACCUGGCAUUUGGCAUUUUACAACGACGGCAAAGAGAAGGAGCCCGUCUCGUUCAGCACCGUGGCUCUAAACUCGGUAGAAGAGUGCUCCCAGAAUUGCCAUGGAAACGGAGAGUGCAUAUCAGGAGCGUGUCAUUGCUUCCCAGGGUUCCACGGCACGGACUGCUCCAAAGUGGCGUGUCCCGUGCUGUGCAGCGGGAACGGACAGUACAGCAAGGGUCUGUGCAUGUGCUACAGCGGCUGGAAGGGGCUGGAGUGUGACGUACCGCAGGGGCAGUGCAUCGACCCCAGCUGCGGCGGUCGCGGGACCUGCACCCAGGGCAGCUGUGCUUGUGAAGCAGGUUACCGCGGCGAAUCCUGUGAGGAAGUGGAUUGCAUUGACCCUACGUGUUCUGGACACGGCAGCUGCGUGUCCGGUCAGUGUCACUGUAAGCUGGGUUGGUCAGGACUUUUGUGUGACGUGUCCAGAGCCCAGUGCCCAGAUCAGUGCAACGGCCACGGAACCUACAGCCCAGACACGGGCCUCUGCAACUGUGACCCCAACUGGAUGGGCCCCGACUGCUCGACGGAGGUAUGUUCAUCAGAUUGUGGCAGUCAUGGCGUGUGUGUUGGAGGUGUUUGCCACUGUGAGGAGGGCUGGACAGGCACAAGCUGUGACCAGAGACUGUGUAGCCCACAGUGUGUGAAACACGGAACCUGCAGAGACGGAAAGUGUCAGUGUGAGCAGGGCUGGAAUGGAGAACACUGCACCAUCGAUGGGUGUCCUGGGCUGUGCAAUGGGAAUGGGCAAUGCAUCAUGGGGCAGAACAGCUGGCACUGUGAAUGUCACACUGGUUGGAGAGGCCCGGGAUGCAACGUUGCCAUGGAGACCUCCUGCAACGACAACAAAGACAAUGAAGGAGAUGGACUGGUGGACUGCAUGGAUCCGGACUGCUGUACACAGAGCUCAUGUUUGGCCAAUCCUCUGUGCCGUGGAUCACGUGACCCACUCCAGGUCAUUCAACAGAGCCAAUCAGAGGUCGAGAAAGUGCCCUCGUUCUAUGACAGAAUUAAGAUGCUCGUGGGUAAAGACAGCACUCACGUCAUUCCAGGAAUCAACCCUUUCAAUGCCAGCCUGGCAUCACUGAUUCGAGGUCAGGUUUUAACGUCAGACGGGACUCCUCUGGUGGGCGUCAACGUUACCUUUGUGAAGUAUCCUCACUAUGGUUACACCAUGACCCGACAAGACGGCACAUUUGAUCUGGUAGCCAAUGGCGGAGGCUCUCUGACUCUGCGUUUCGAGCGCGCUCCGUUCCGAAGUCAGGAGCGCACGGCGUGGCUACCCUGGAACCGUUUUUAUGCCAUGGACACUGUGAUGCUCCAGACGGAAGAGAAAAUCAUGGCCAGCUGUGAUCUGAGUGGUUUCGUAAGGCCGGAUCCCAUCGUACUGCCCUCUCCACUGUCCUCCUUCUUCAGCUCCGACCCUUCAGAGAGACACAUUCUCCCAGAGAGUCAGGUCCUUCACGAGCAGAUGGAGAUUCCCGGCACCAGUCUGAUACUGUGCUAUCUGAGCUCCAGGACCUCAGGCUACCUCUCUCUUCUCAGAGUCAUCAUGACCCCGGCGAUCGUGCCUCUCAGCCUGGCCAAAGUUCAUCUUAUGGUGGCCGUGGAGGGUCAUCUCCUCCAGAAGUGGUUCCAUGCCUCCCCUAACCUGGCAUACACCUACAUCUGGGACAAGACUGAUGCCUACAGGCAGAAGGUCUACGGCAUCACCGAGGCUUUAGUGUCGGUGGGAUACGAGUACGAGACGUGUCCCAGUCAGGUCCUGUGGGAAAAGAGAACGGCUGUGCUGCAGGGGUACGAGCUCAACCCGUCAAAUCUGGGCGGCUGGUCUUUAGACAAACACCACAUGCUGAACGUCCGCAGCGGUAUUCUACACAAGGGCAGUGGGGAGAACGUCUUCCUGUCCCAGCAGCAGCCCCCCAUCAUUAAUAGCAUCAUGGGUAACGGGCGGAGGCGUAGCAUCUCCUGCCCAAGCUGCAGUGGGAUGGCCGAGGGCAACAAGCUGCUGGCACCGAUAGCCCUUGCCUGUGACGGAGAAGGCAACCUGUAUGUGGGUGACCUUAACUUUGUGAGGAGGGUCUAUCCGUCCCUCAAUACGACAGCUGUACUGGAGCUCAGGAAUAAAGAUCUGAGACACAGCAACAGUCCAAGUCAUAAGUACUAUUUGGCGGUGGAUCCAGUGUCAGGUACUCUGUUCCUGUCAGACACCAACUCACGGCAGAUCUACCGCGUGCGAGCUCUAAACGGGGCACGCCCGCUGCUGGAUAACGCUGAGGUGGUGGUGGGAACGGGAGAGCAGUGCGUCCCGUUUGAUGAGGCUCGCUGUGGUGACGGCGGCAAGGCGAUGGAGGCCACGCUGAUGAGCCCAAGAGGGGUUGCGCUGGAUAAGAAUGGCCUGAUGUAUUUCGUGGAUGCCACCAUGAUUCGAAAAGUGGAUCAGAAUGGCAUUAUUUCCACUUUGAUAAAGACCAAUGACUUGACUGCAGUCAGACCUCUCAGCUGUGACUCCAGCAUGGACGUCAGCCAGGUUCGUCUGGAGUGGCCUACAGACCUGGCCAUCAAUCCUAUGGACAACUCUUUGUACGUGCUGGAGAACAACGUCAUCCUGCGUAUCUCUGAGAACCACCAGGUCAGCAAAAUCGCAGGGCGGCCCAUGCACUGUCAGGUCCCUGGCAUUGAUUACUCGCUCAGCAAGCUAGCCAUCCAUUCUGCCUUGGAGAGCGCAACGGCCAUAGCCAUUUCCCACACAGGUGUGCUCUACAUCGCUGAAACCGACGAGAAGCGCAUCAACCGCAUUCGCCAAGUUAGCACCAGCGGCGAGAUCUCCCUGCUAGCUGGCACGGCUUCUGAAUGCGACUGCAAGAAUGAUGUCAACUGCAACUGUUUUUCGGGAGACGAGGGCUACGCCGCUGAUGCUGGUCUUAACUGUCCUGCUUCAUUGGCUGUGUCACCAGAUGGGACCCUGUAUAUCGCCGACCUCAACAACAUCCGUGUUCGAGCCAUUCGUGUCAACCGUCCUAACGCCACAGCGAGCGGACAGUAUGAAGUGGGUUCGUCGUUGGAACAGGAGCUGUAUCUGUUCAGUCCUGAUGGACUUCACAGGCAGACGAUCAGCCUCAUCACGGGCUUGGCCUUGUAUAAUUUUACCUACGGGCUGGACGGAGAGUUGGCGGCAAUUACCGACGCCUCUAACAACACGCUUCGGGUGAGAAGGGAAGCCUCUGGGUCCAUCAGGCUUGUUCUGUUGCCAGAGAACCAGGUGGUUACUCUUGGAAUGGACCCAGCUGGAAGCCUGCGCUCCGUGUCCGCCCUCAGCCAGGAAGUGGCACAGCUCAGUUACGCCUCUAACACAGAACUUUUGGCUUCCAAGUCAGAUGAGACGGGAUGGACCAACUUUUACAACUACGACAGCGAAGGUCGUCUAACCAACGUCUCGUAUCCCACUGGUGUAGUAACCAGCCUGCAUCGGGAAAUGGAGGAGUCUAUUAAUAUUGACAUGGAGAGCUCAAACCGAGAUGAUGAAGUCACCGUUAUCACAAAUCUUUCCUCCGUAGAGGCCUCAUACACUGUGGUUCAAGACCAAGUGAGGAAUAGCUAUCAGCUGUACCACAAUGGCACCCUACGAGUGUCCUACGCCAAUGGAAUGGGAAUGAGCUUUCACACAGAGCCACACAUCCUCGCUGGAUCCGUGAGCCCUACCAUUGGCAGACGCAACAUCACAUUACCCACUGACAGCGGCCUCAACUCAAUCGAGUGGCGUAUGAGGAAAGAGUUGACCAAAGGCAAGGUCACAGUGUUCGGGAGGAAGUUGCGCGCCCACAGCAGGAACCUGUUAUCCAUCGAUUACGACCGCAACACCAGAACAGAGAAGAUCUACGACGACCAUCGCAAGUUCACGUUGCGCAUCAUCUAUGACGCCCAGGGCCGGCCGGCCACCUGGCUUCCCAGCAGUAGCCUGGCCCUGGUUAAUGUCUCUUACUCGCCCACCGGCCGUCUGGUGGGGUUGCAGAGGGGCAGCAUGAGCGAGAAGAGCGAGUUUGACACAUUUGGACGGAUCUUGUCUCGAACCUUCGUUGAUGGGAAAGUUUGGAGCUUUAGCUACUUAGACAAGUCUAUGGUGUUGCUCCUUCAGCAGAGUCAGAAACAGUACGUCUUUGAUUACGACACAGCCGGACGGCUCACAGCGGUCACUAUGCCGAGCAUGGCCAGACACACUAUGGCCACCCAUGUGUCUGUCGGUUACAUCCGCAACACCUAUAACCCCCCCGAAAGCAAUGCCACGGUCAUCCACGACUUUAGCGAGGACGGGCGUCCACGCGCCACCUUCCACCUCGGAACAGGCCGCCGUGUGCUCUACAAGUACGGGAAGCUGGGAAAGCUGUCUGAGAUCCUGUACGACGCCACUGCCGUCACCUUCGGCUAUGAUGAGACCACCGGUGUCCUCAAGAUGGUUAACCUGCAAAGUGGAGGCUUCUCCUGCACCAUCCGCUAUCGCAAGCUGGGCCCCCUGGUGGACAAACAGAUGUAUCGCUUCUCGGAAGAAGGUAUGGUCAAUGCUCGAUUUGACUAUACCUAUCACGAUAACAGCUUCAGGGUGGCCAGCAUAAAGCCGGUGAUAGGGGAGACCCCACUUCCUGUUGACCUUUACCGCUAUGACGAGAUCUCCGGUAAGGUGGAACACUUCGGCAAGUUUGGCAUCAUAUACUAUGACAUCAACCAGAUCAUCACCACAGCAGUGAUGACGCUCAGUAAACAUUUCGACGCGCACGGACGCAUCAAAGAGGUGCAAUAUGAGAUCUUCCGCUCUCUGAUGUAUUGGAUGACGGUGCAGUACGACAGCAUGGGACGCGUUAUCAAGCGCGAACUGAAGAUCGGUCCUUAUGCUAACACCACGCAGUACCGCUACGAAUAUGAUGGCGAUGGCCAGCUAGUGGGCGUAAAAGUUGAUGAUUGGUCGACUUGGCGCUACAGCUACGACCUGAACGGCAACCUGCAUCUGCUGAACCCUGGUAAUAGCGCACGUCUACUGCCGCUACGCUACGAUCUACGAGACCGCCUCACACGGCUCGGCGACAUGCAGUAUCAGCUCGAUGAAGACGGCGUGCUGGCACAGAGGGGUUCGGAUGUAUUCGAGUACAACUCGAAAGGGCUCCUCGAGAGAGCCUACAGCCGAACACCAGGGGGUUGGAGCGCCCGUUACCGCUAUGACGGCUUGGGCCGCCGCGUCUCCCGUAGAACCGGCGAUGGCGAGCAUCAGCAGUACUUCUACGCCGAUUUGAACUACCCCACUCGGGUCACCCAUGUCUACAACCACUCCAAGGCUGAAAUCACCUCUUUUUACUAA